GCCAUGGCCGCCCCGGUCAACGUGGACACACUCCCAGAGUACGAGAAGAGCCAGAUCAAGAGGGCGCUGGAGCUGGGCGCCGUGAUGACCGUGUACAGCGCCCGCAGGUCCACGCCGGAGCGCAGGACCGUCCAGGUGAUCAUGGAGACGCGCCAGGUGGCCUGGAGCAAGACGGCCGACAAGAUCGAGGGCGUCCUGGACAUCCUGGAGAUCAAGGAGGUGCGCCCCGGGAAGAACUGCAAGGACUUCGAGCGCGCCAAGGCUGUGCGCCAGAGGGACGACUGCUGCUUCACCAUCCUCUACGGCACACAGUUCGUGCUCAGCACGCUCAGCCUGGCCGCUGACUCCAAGGAAGAUGCCGCGCGGUGGCUGUCGGGCCUGAAGAUCCUUCUGAAGGAGGUGGCGUCCGCGUCCACGCCCACCAUGAUCGAGAGCUGGCUGCGAAAACAGAUUUAUUCUGUGGAUCAAACCAGAAGAAACAGCAUCAGCCUCCGGGAGCUGAAGACCAUCUUACCCCUGGUCAACUUCAAAGUCGGCAGCGCCAAGCAACUCCGAGACAAGUUCGCGGAGAUGGGCGCGGUCAAGGAUGAGCUCAGCUUCGAGCAGCUGCACCUCUUCUACAAGAAGCUCAUGUUCGAGCAGCAGAGAUCGAUUCUUGAUGAGUUCAAAAAAGACUCUUCCGUGUUUAUCCUGGGCAACACUGACCGGCCGGACGCCUCCGCCGUCCACCUGCAUGACUUCCAGCGCUUUCUGAUCCACGAGCAGCAGGAGCACUGGGCUCAGGAUCUGAGCAAGGUCCGGGAGCGGAUGACCAAGUUCAUCGACGACACCAUGAGGGAGACGGCCGAGCCCUUCCUGUUCAUUGACGAGUUCCUGACCUACCUGUUCUCGCGGGAGAACAGCAUCUGGGACGAGAAGCACAGUGCGGUGGACAUGCAGGAGAUGAACAACCCGCUGUCACACUACUGGAUCUCCUCGUCACACAACACGUACCUCACAGGGGACCAGCUGCGGAGCGAGUCGUCCACGGAAGCCUACGUCCGCUGCCUGCGCCUGGGCUGCCGCUGCAUCGAGCUGGACUGCUGGGACGGCCCCGACGGGAAGCCCAUCAUCUACCACGGCUGGACCCGCACCACCAAGAUCAAGUUUGACGACGUCGUGCAGGCCAUCAGGGACCACGCCUUCGUCACCUCCAGCUUCCCCGUGAUCCUGUCCAUCGAGGAGCACUGUAGUGUGGAGCAGCAGCGCUACAUGGCCCGGGUGUUCAAGGAGGUGCUGGGCGACCUGCUGCUGACCAAGCCCACGGAGGCCAGCGCUGACCAGCUGCCCUCGCCCAGCCAGCUGCGGGAGAAGAUCAUCAUCAAGCACAAGAAGCUGGGCCCCCGCGGCGACGUGGACGUCAACAUGGAGGACAAGAAGGAGGAACACAAGCAGCAGGGCGAGUUGUACAUGUGGGACCCCAUCGACCAGAAAUGGACUCGGCACUACUGCGCCAUUGCCGACGCCAAGCUGUCCUUCAGCGAUGACAUUGAGCAGACCGGGGAGGAGGAGCCGGCCCAGGAUACACCCCCCACGGAACUGCACUUUGGGGAGAAGUGGUUUCACAAGAAGGUGGAGAAGAGGACGAGCGCCGAGAAGCUGCUGCAGGAGUACUGCGCCGAGACCGGGGGCAAGGACGGCACCUUCCUGGUCCGGGAGAGCGAGACCUUCCCCAACGACUACACCCUGUCCUUCUGGCGGUCGGGCCGCGUCCAGCACUGCCGGAUCCGUUCCACCAUGGACGGCGGGACCACAAAGUACUACCUGACGGACAACCUCAUGUUCACCAGCAUCUAUGCCCUCAUCCAGCACUACCGCGAGACCCACCUGCGCUGCGCCGAGUUCGAGCUGCGGCUCACCGACCCCGUGCCCAACCCCAACCCCCACGAGUCGAAGCCGUGGUACUACGACGGGCUGAGCCGCGGGGAGGCCGAGGACAUGCUGAUGCGGGUGCCCCGGGACGGCGCCUUCCUCAUCCGCCGGCGGGAGGGCACCGACUCCUACGCCAUCACCUUCAGGGCCAAGGGCAAGGUGAAGCACUGUCGCAUCAACCGGGACGGCCGGCACCUGGUGCUGGGCACCUCGGCCUACUUCGAGAGCCUGGUGGAGCUGGUGAGCUACUACGAGAAGCACGCGCUCUACCGGAAGAUGAAACUGCGCUACCCCGUCACCCCCGAGCUGCUGGAGCGCUACAACAUGGAAAGAGACAUCAACUCCCUCUACGAUGUCAGCAGAAUGUACGUGGACCCCAGCGAGAUCAACCCCUCCAUGCCCCAGAGGACGGUGAAGGCUCUGUACGACUACAAGGCCAAGCAGGCCGACGAGCUGAGCUUCUGCCGGGGCGCCCUCAUCCACAACGUCUCCAAGGAGGCGGGGGGCUGGUGGAAAGGCGACUACGGCACCCGGGUCCAGCAGUACUUCCCCUCCAACUACGUCGAGGACAUUUCGACUGCUGACGUGGAGGAGAUGGAGAAGCAGAUCAUCGAAGACAACCCCUUGGGCUCUCUCUGCCGGGGCAUCCUGGACCUCAACACCUAUAACGUAGUGAAAGCCCCCCAGGGCAAGAACCAGAAGCCGUUCGUCUUCAUCCUGGAGCCCAAGAAGCAGGGAGACCCCCCCGUGGAGUUCGCGACGGACCGCGUGGAGGAGCUGUUCGAGUGGUUUCAGAGUGUCCGUGAGAUCACCUGGAAGAUGGACGCCAAGGAGAACAGCAUGAAGUACUGGGAGAAGAACCAGUCCAUCGCCAUCGAGCUCUCGGACCUGGUGGUCUACUGCAAGCCCACGAGCAAGACCAAGGACAACCUCGAGAACCCCGACUUCCGAGAGAUCCGCUCCUUCGUGGAGACCAAGGCCGACAGCGUGACCCGGCAGAGGCCCGUGGACCUGCUGAGGUACAACCAGAAGGGCCUGACGCGCGUCUACCCCAAGGGCCAGCGCGUGGACUCGUCCAACUACGACCCCUUCCGCCUCUGGCUGUGCGGCGCCCAGAUGGUGGCACUCAACUUCCAGACGGCAGACAAGUUCAUGCAGAUGAACCACGCCCUGUUCUCCCUCAACGGGCGGACGGGCUACGUGCUGCAGCCCGAGAGCAUGCGGUCGGAGAAGUACGAGCCCGCGCUGCCCGAGAGCCAGCGGAAGAUCCAGAUGACGCUCACGGUCAAGGUCCUGGGGGCUCGCCACCUGCCCAAGCUCGGCCGGAGCAUCACCUGCCCCUUCGUGGAGGUGGAGAUCUGCGGCGCAGAGUACGACAACAACAAGUUCAAGACGACGGUCGUGAAUGACAAUGGCCUGAGUCCUGUGUGGGCGCCAGCGCAGGAGAAGGUGACCUUCGAGAUCUACGACCCGAACCUGGCCUUCCUGCGCUUCGCGGUCUACGAGGAGGACAUGUUCAGUGACCCCAACUUCCUGGCGCACGCCACCUACCCCAUCAGGGGCAUCAAGUCAGGGUUUCGGGCCGUGCCCCUGAAGAACGGGUACAGCGAGGACAUCGAGCUGGCGUCCCUCCUGGUGUUCUGCGAGCUGCGGCCGGUUCUGGAGAGCGAGGAGGAGCUGUACACGUCGUGCCGGCAGCUGCGCAGACGCCAGGAGGAACUCAACAACCAGCUCUUCCUCUACGACACGCAGCAGAACCUGCGCGGCGCCACGCGGGACGCCUUGGUCAGGGAGUUCCACGUCAACGAGAACCAGCUGCACCUGUACCAGGAGAAGUGCAACCGCAGGUUGCGAGAGAAGAGAGUGAGCAACAGCAAGUUCUACUCCUGAAGCCGGGACGCGUCCCUGGAGGGUGCCCGUCGGACCCUGGGUGCCCGCUCCGGGGGCGGGACCUCUCCAGCCUUCCGCCCGGAUGCUGCAUCCGGGACCUCCUCCGCGCGAGGUUUGGGGCGG